AUUUGAUCAAGAUUCAUGUAUAAACUUGCUCAACUGCAUCUAUAAAUUCUUCUCGUUUAGCUACUGAUUAUUAUGUACAACGUUGAGGGAUCAAUGGAAAGCUUACUUGCUGCAACAAAUUUCAUGUUUCCAUCACCAGCAGCUGAUCAUUUUGCGAAAAACAAAGAGACUGUGCAUUCGGAGACGUGCAACUUCAUGAAUAAUCAUGAUUCUCCGCAGCCACAGAGCUUGAAUUUGAGCCGGUAUCAAUCUGUUCCCAGCUCAUUCUUGGAAAGUCUUGUGAAUGACAGUGCUGUUGCUGCUGAUUACCGCAGUUCUAAUAUUGAGACAGAGAUGAAGUUCUCUGAUCCGGGUGAUUGUAAAUAUACGAAAGGACUUGGCACGGAUUCGAGUAAGAAUUUGCUUAGUAGUGGCGUGGAGAAUUUGUUUAGGGGUUUUGGUUCGAAUGUAGGAGGGGAGAAUAUGAAUCAAGUUAAGAAGGAGACUAGUAACGGAAGUCGUUUGUCUUUGGUUCGACAGAGCAGUUCUCCAGCUGGAUUUUCGUCGAGCUUAGCUGAUGAUGAUAUCGGUUCUGGAUUCACGGGGAUGAACGAUUUGGGAAAUUUCAGAUCUUGUAAUAAGACCAAGGCAGGAUUAAGUUCCUCAACGAAUAGGUUGGGUAUGAACUUCUCUUCUGUGCCGUCUUCUCACUCACGGUUCAUGCCUCAAAGUGCUGCUAAUGUGAAUGAGAAUUUCGGAACUAGUGAAUUGUACUCGGCCAAUGGACAUAGUGGAGGGAAUUUUAACGGUCCUAACUUGUACAAUGAUCCUAACUGCAACAGCCUAAAAAGAAACAGAGAUGGUGAAGCAAAGAUGUUAUCCAGUUUGCCUGGACUGAACAAGCAGAAUGAUGAUUUCAACCAUUACACCUCUGGUUUAGUUCACCAACUGAGCUUGCCAAGCACUUCUGCUGAAAUGGCAACGAUGGAGAAUUUUCUGCACUUUCAGCAAGACUCCAUUCCAUGUAAAAUUCGGGCAAAAAGAGGCUUUGCCACUCAUCCGCGAAGCAUUGCAGAGAGGGUGAGACGAACACGGAUUAGUGCACGAAUGAAAAAGCUGCAAGAUCUUUUUCCAAAUAUGGACAAGCAAGCAAAUACAGCUGAUAUGCUGGACUUGGCUGUUGUCUACAUUAAAGACCUCCAAAAAGAAGUGCAGACGCUCAACAAUACUCGAUCCAAUUGUACCUGUCCAACUAGAAGAAAAUAAAGCUCCACAUGCACGAGCAGUUACAUAUGUAUUGAUUAGAUCACGGACUUAAAUGUAAAAUUAUUAGAAGCAGACGGUUUAAAUUAUUGGCGCAGAUUGUUGUGUAUAAUUGACAGGGAAUAAACAGAAGUUAUUGCCAGAGGACAAGCUUGACUAAGCUCUAAUGUGAGGCAAAAUUAGGCUAAAUGUCUUCCAUUUGGCCUUGAACUAUUUAAACUGUACAUGUAUACUGGUGCUCUAUGGGUUUGUAGCAGCUAUUUGUAGCUUGUAAACUUGUGCAUUUGAUUUAUAGAUAAACUUGUUACUGCUUCAAAGA